ACUACAAGAAAAAGCUGCUGACACUAUUGAAGCACUCCAGAAAGCUGGAAUUAAAGUUUGGGUUCUGACGGGAGACAAAAUGGAGACUGCUGCAGCUACUUGCUAUGCUUGCAAACUGUUCCGAAGAAAUACACAAAUACUUGAGCUAACCACAAAGAAAAUUGAGGAACAGAGUUUACAUGAUGUGCUUUUUGACCUAAGCAAAACUGUCCUAAGACACAAUGGCAGCUUAACCAGGGAUACUUUCUCAGGACUUUCAACUGAUAUGCAAGAUUAUGGUUUAAUUAUUGAUGGAGCAGCAUUAUCAUUAAUAAUGAAGCCAAGACAAGAUGGGAGCUCUGGUAACUACAGAGAGCUCUUUCUUGAAAUUUGCAGGAACUGCAGUGCAGUGUUAUGCUGUCGAAUGGCACCUCUGCAAAAAGCACAGAUUGUAAAAUUGAUCAAGUUAUCAAAGGAGCAUCCUAUCACAUUAGCAAUUGGUGAUGGAGCAAAUGAUGUCAGUAUGAUUCUAGAAGCACAUGUUGGUAUAGGAAUCAUUGGCAAAGAAGGUCGUCAAGCAGCGAGAAACAGUGACUAUGCAAUACCUAAAUUUAAACAUUUGAAAAAAAUGUUGCUUGUUCAUGGGCAUUUUUAUUAUGUUAGGAUAUCUGAACUUGUGCAAUACUUCUUUUAUAAGAAUGUCUGCUUCAUUUUUCCUCAGUUUUUAUAUCAGUUCUUCUGCGGGUUUUCACAACAGACUUUAUAUGAUACUGCGUAUCUAACACUGUACAAUAUCAGCUUCACUUCCCUUCCUAUCCUCUUGUACGGUCUACUGGAACAGCAUGUCAGUGCAGACACACUCAAGAGAGAGCCUUCCCUAUACAGAGAUGUUGCCAAGAAUGCUUUGCUGCGCUGGCGUGCAUUUAUCUAUUGGACAUUCCUAGGAGUGUUUGAUGCUGUGGUAUUUUUCUUUGGUGCCUAUUUCUUGUUUGACAACACAAUUGUGACCAGCAAUGGACAGCUAAUGACAACCAGCACUCACAUGAUGUUUGGAAACUGGACCUUUGGAACACUGGUGUUUACUGUGCUUGUAUUCACGGUUACAUUGAAGCUUGCACUAGAUACACACUAUUGGACGUGGAUAAAUCACUUCAUGAUCUGGGGAUCACUGGUAUUCUACAUUAUCUUUUCUCUGCUCUGGGGAGGAAUUAUUUGGCCUUUUCUCAAUUAUCAGAGGAUGUAUUAUGUGUUCAUGCAAAUGCUGUCUAGUGGUCCUGCGUGGCUGGGUAUAAUUCUGCUCAUAACUGUCAGCCUUCUUCCAGAUGUUCUCAAGAAGGUCUUAUGCAGACAGUUGUGGCCUACAGCAACAGAAAGAAUCCAGAAUGCUUCGAGGCACUGUCGGGAGCACAUCUCAGAAUUCACACCUCUUGCCUGUCUGAAAAGCCCAAGAUACAGGAGCAGUGACUGCAGCAAUUCCCCAGCAAGAAGGUCUAAUUCUCAUUCUAAAAAAAUGAUGUUUACGCACUGGAGAGGUGUUGAUUAUUCAGUACUUCCAUCUGUCUUUGGCUAUUCAAAUAAGUAUUGCCGUUCCAGUGCAGGCUACUGCUACAGUGGGUCAGGUUUGGAAACGUCUGUAUGACAGAACACCAAGUCAAGCCUUUAAAAACUGUAUUUUUGUUUAUUUCUUUUUUCAGGAAACAAACAUGUCACAGAAAUAUAUUAAACUGUACGUGGCUUUUGCUGUCUGAGGUAAUGUUCAGACAAACAGGAUCAAGAGCUAGAAGUAUGAACCCUUCCAGGCCAAUAGGCUUCUUUUUAUGUUUUGAACUACUGGAGCAAUGAACAAUCUUCACAGUCUGGUACUGUGAGACGGGUAGCACUAAAAACUC